CCGCGCGAGCGGGUGUCGCCAGUCGCCUGGAACGUGUCACAGUCGCGCCGCGAGUGUAUCCGCGCGGGCCAGAGCGCGUUAUGGACGUUGCAUGAGCGGGCGCGAGUGCGACCGCUGGAGCCGACGGGCACGCCGGCCGUGGAGCGCUCGCCGUGGGCCCCGGGCGGCGCGGGCAUGCGCUUCGAGGGCGCGGAACGGCGCGACGCCGUUGCCUUCCAUCCGCUGCUGGCGCCGCGCCCGAGUGACUUCUCGGUGUCAGCCCUGCUGACGGCAGGGGCACUGCCGCCUCCACCAUAUCUUCCCGCGGCACUGGCUGCCGCCGCAGCGCUGUCCGGACCUUGUCCGCUGCUCAAGCCGCCGCCGCCGCCGUACGCACCACUGCCUCCCGACGACGACGGCGUCGUCGAUGACCCCAAAGUGACCCUCGAAGGCAAGGACCUCUGGGAGAAGUUUCACAAGCUCGGCACCGAAAUGGUGAUCACCAAAAGUGGCAGACAAAUGUUUCCACAAAUGAAGUUUCGAGUAUCCGGAUUGGAUGCGAAAGCAAAAUAUAUUUUAUUACUGGACAUCGUUGCCGCAGACGACUACCGAUAUAAGUUUCACAACAGUCGGUGGAUGGUUGCCGGGAAAGCGGACCCAGAAAUGCCAAAAAGGAUGUACAUACACCCAGACUCGCCCUCAACGGGGGAGCAAUGGAUGCAGAAGGUUGUCUCCUUCCACAAAUUGAAGUUGACGAAUAACAUCAGCGACAAGCACGGUUUCGAGCUCAUCUAUAGCCAAAGUCAACGGAUGUUAUCCAAGUUGCUGUGGCCCAAUCCGUCACCUAGUGCGCCCAGAGACCCACACUCAGAUCAUUUGUGUGUUACGCAGACGAUCCUCAACUCGAUGCACAAGUACCAGCCCCGGUUCCACCUAGUGAGGGCCAACGACAUCUUGAAGCUGCCUUACUCCACCUUCAGGACCUACGUGUUCAAGGAGACGGAGUUCAUCGCGGUCACUGCGUAUCAGAAUGAAAAGAUAACACAACUGAAAAUCGACAAUAACCCUUUUGCAAAAGGGUUUAGAGACACAGGUGCGGGGAAAAGAGAAAAGAAUCUGUCUGUGUACCGCAGGCAAGCGUUGUUGACGGCGCGGUCUGACGCCAGAGACGAUGACGAUGAGCGACCAUUGGAUGUCGGAGGACCUUCCAGUCCGCCCCCUCCCGCACCUACUACGCAGCAUUCUACCAGCUCAUGGUUCACAUCGAGCGGUGGCGGUGGUGAUUCAGGCCCAGAAGAAGCCGGUUCCGACUCCUCAUGUUCAGGAGGGCCGCGAGCGCAGUCUCCUCCACCAGGACCUUCCCGGCCCUCCCCCGCUCCUGACGUGUCCCUAGGUCCACCUAUCCAACCUCCCCUUUUACCAUAUCUAUAUCCUCCCUCGUUGUAUCCCCCUCCGUUCUUUCCGCCGCAUCAAAUGCCGCCAGGACUUCUGUUCAACCUUCACCCUCUCCUGCAGCAGUACUCUCUACCGCCUCCCCCCGCUCCUAAUCCCGCGCCGUCCCUGAGCAAAACGCACAGGUUCGCACCCUACGCUUUACCGGGCCUGGGAUCAGCGUUCGAGCAAGUAGCGCCUCGAGCGAGGAGUUUGUCUUCGUCGCCUGCGCGGCCGCGAGUUGGCUCACCCCCGGCGAGAGCGGCGUCUGCUGAUCCCCCACCGGAUGCCCCCACGUCCACGACGACCCCUAACACGCCCCCCGCGUCCGACCUCAAGAGCAUCGAGCGUAUGGUGAACGGCCUGGAUGUGGAGACUCAGGACUGACUCGCGACCAAGUCGUGACUGUGUACAUAGAGUGUAUUUAUAUGAUCCCUCAUGGGAUGUCGUUUUGUAUCGUUCCUAUUUUGUUUUUCUGUCGAGUUCUUAUCGGGUCGAUCGGAUGAUGUAAAUAGUUAAGCUUAUACAAUAGCUGGUUUAGUGUGGCUGUAUACACGAUGCUGAGAAACUUUAUUGGAAACAUUCAAAUAUUUACAAAUAUUAUUUCCCUGCAGAAUAAAGAAAUAUAACUUUAACUCAUUCCAAUUAUUCUUACUAUUGUGUAUGACUAGCAUCAUAUUUUUAUUCCCAUCACCGUGUAUACUGCCCGUGAAAGUUCUUAGAUAUUAUGUUCGUCGAUGAACAGUCACGCCUGUACCUUACCCGCAGACCACCACCUGGAUCUCUGGAACCGGUCAUAGCUUAGGUUUGCAAUGAAUACAAAGUGUCAUUAUUAUCAAGUUUGUAAAACGUUAUUUUUAACUUAAAGUAGCUUGUUCAUAUAAUAAACAUUAUUUUCAAUCUUAUAUUUUGUAAAAAUAAUUAAUUACGCAGUUAUGUCGUAUCUGUUAGUCUUCUGUUAGUCUUUGCUAGAAAGCAACCUUAUUUGAACUAUUGAAGUUAAAAAGAGACGCCUACUUCUUCUUUCCAAUAUCAAUAAAGGACAUUUUAAUUUAUCUUCAUUGUACUUCUAAUAACGUAAGUAAGAUGUGUGCCGUGACGUCUUCGAACUGUAGUUGAUCACAUAGAUGCAAACAUAGUUUUCACCGCAAUAGUUAGGUAAGACAUAUUUCACGAAAAGACAUCGACAUCUUUUAUUUUGUUUCUCUUUGUAAUUUUAUUUUAUGUUUUAAUCACAUUCAGAUUUUGUUAAAACAAUAUGAAAAUAUUUUAUUGAAUACAUAGUGUUAUUUUAAAGAUGUCGAGGGAUCUUUUCGAUUAAUUUUCCCACGUAGUAUAAAAAUCGCUUUAUCGUGUAAAUACAAUUGUAAGCUAUAUUUACGUGUUUAUUAUUAGACAUAUUUUGAAAAUAUGUUUUAUCAAUUGUGCUGUGAGUGGAGUGCGUUUAGUUGUUGGGAACGAGAAAUUUUAUAUUUUUCAUGAAGUUUAUGGUAAGAUUCUAUGGAGCUAUUAAAAAAAAUCAUCGUCAUUUUUUAAGUUCAAAUGUGAAAUUUUUGUUUUUUAACUUAGAAAAGCUUUUCUUGUUGAUUAAAAAAAAUUACUUUAAUAUUGACUGUAGUCAUUCUAUCUGUCUAACUGAGUCUUGUAGUUGAGACAAACUUUCAUUUUAUUAUUAAGUGUGUCUUUGGUCUUGGUGAUACAGAUGACUCAUCUUUAGAACAAAUAUAUUGUUUAAACGCUUCAAAGGUCCCUUCAGCUCCAUAGCUUCUCACUGUCCCUUCCUAUCUAAAAGACAAAAGUAUUAAAACGCAUUAGAUUUUAUAUGAAGAAAUUGAAGUUUCUGAAUUUUUUUAGAACAAUUGAACGCACCUUUAAACGAUUGAUGAAUCUAACUGUAAGUUAAAUUUUGUAAUAUAUAGUUGAUAAAUUUGUAGUUAAAAACAAAAUAUAUUAUAAAUGAAUAUAAUUUUCCAAGGAAUUCAUUAAUUAAGAGCAAUUUCAACUCAAAUAGAUACCGUUUGAUUUUACUAACAGUGAUUUGACUCGAAGUAAGAAUUGCCAUUUUUCUACAGAAUGUUUUAAAAUUGCUUGAAGGAAAUAACAAGAGACUGUAUUCGACAGCUGUAUGAACUAUUCAUCAUUAAAAUAUAUAGAUAAAUCUAUUGACA